CUCCGUCAGCCUGCGAGGCUGCCCCGACGUCCAGUUUAUCAGGACCGCAGGCUAGGGCGGAGGUACGAAGUUUGUCCGCUGCGGGGCACCGUAGUGGCUUUUACCCUGGCGGAGCGGGCUGAGUUGGGCUGGGCGCCGAAGCCCAGUUCAGCUUAGGAGACCCAGAUGGCUGCGGUGUUUCUAGUAACGCUCUAUGAGUACUCGCCGCAUUUCUACAUCGCGGUGGUCUUUACCUGCUUCAUCGUGACCGCCUGCUUGGUAUUGGGAUGGUUUGGUUGGGAUGUUCCAGUAAUUCUCAGAAAUUCAGAAGAGACCCAGUUCAACACAAGAGUUUUCAAAAAGCAAAUGAGACAAGUCAAGAAUCCUUUUGGCUUAGAGAUCUCUAACCCAUCUUCAGCUUCAAUUACAACUGGCAUAACUUUGACAACAGAUUGCCUUGAAGAUAGCCUCCUUACAUGCUAUUGGGGGUGCAGUGUUCAAAAAUUAUAUGAGGCUCUGCAGAAGCACAUUUAUUGCUUCCAAAUAAGCACUCCCCAAGCAUUGGAAGAUGCUUUAUAUAGCGAAUAUCUCUAUCAAGAACAAUAUUUUAUUAAAAAGGAAAGCAAAGAAGAAAUAUAUUGCCAGUUACCAAAAGAUACAAAAAUUGAAGACUUUGGCACAGUGCCCCGAUCGCGCUAUCCAUUGGUAGCACUGUUGACCUUAGCUGAUGAGGAUGACCGAGAAAUUUAUGAUAUUAUUUCCAUGGUGUCAAUAAUUCAUAUUCCUGAUAAAACUUAUAAACUAUCCUGUAGAAUAUUAUAUCAAUAUUUACUCCUGCCUCAAGGUCAAUUUUAUGAUCUUAAGCAACUUUUCAUGUCUGCAAAUAACAAUGCCACUCCUUCCAGCAAUUCCUCUCCCGAAGAAAAAGGCACAGACCAAAGUUUGUUGGAAAAGGCUGGACUCUCUGAAAGUGAAGUAGACCCUCCCGAGGAGAAUAUCAAGGACUGUGUUGUUUGCCAGAACGGGACUGUGAACUGGGUGCUCCUGCCGUGCAGACACACGUGCCUGUGUGACGGCUGCGUGAAGUACUUUCAGCAGUGCCCUAUGUGCAGGCAGUUUGUUCAGGAAUCUUUUGCACUUUGCAGUCGUAAGGAGCAAGAUAAAGACAAACUGAAAACUCUUUGAAGAUAUUUUUACAGCUGAAGAGUGUAAUUUCUACUGAAGAUGCAGAAAUUUGUGUUCUUGGAAUCGGUCAUAACAUGGAAUCUACAGUGUUGACUGUUAGUGAAAAUCCUAUUUUAACUUCAUAUUUGUACGGUACCUGGAUGAUGAAAUUUAAUUAUCCCUUCCUAUUCCAUAUGGCAAAUACUGGAAUACCAUCUGUGCUAAUACAUAAAAAUGUAUUCAGCUCUUGAGAAGAAUGUAAAUGUUUGGCCUUUUAUCAGCUAAUAUCAAUUAGAAAAAUUCCAAAAAGCAAUCCAUCUAAAAUUUGAGGAAGUAAAAGUCUAAAGAUUUCUGAAUGUUUUUCCUUUUGCCAUAAUCUAGAGUGCAAAUGGGAAAAAACUGAAUUCUUCUUUACGUAAUUGUAUGUUCCCCACUUUACAAAGGAGUUGGAAAGGGCUUCUAACUCUAUGUCCUUUCCUGAAAUACCAGUUUUUAUAAAUAUCCACCUGUUGGUUUUCUAAUUUCCUUAUAAUCAUAGUCACAUAAUACACAAGUCUUAAUUUUUAAAUAUAGGUUCUUAAAUGAUAAAUGUAAGAUACAGUUCUUGAUUGUUACUAGUGUAUCAUAGAUUUGAAUGAUACUCAUUUAUAGGAAGCAGAUAUAUAAAACAAGAAUAAUAAAAUUUCUUGGAUAAUUAAAUUUACUGUCAAAUAUGAUUAGAUUAGCAGACUGUGAUCUACCAGGGAAGAUCUUAAUGCCUUACCUUAGAUUUCCUCCUGCACAGCAAAUCCAUCUAAAACUGGAAGGACUUAAGAGCCAGAAAAAUCACUAAAAGAAACUAAUUAUUUUUUCUAGUGUGUUUUUAUUUUAAAUAAACCCCCAUAUCCUCCUGAGUGGUAAAUUACUGUGUUUAUUCCUUGUUAUAGCCUCGUGAGAGUUGAGGGACCUAAUGGGCAAAAGGCUGCAUCCCGAAGGAAAAGGUAAAUCAGUGUCCUGUGUCUUCGGUGGAAAUCACCUUCCACUCACAAAGAAAUUAGAUCGUAGUAGAUUGUGACAUUCAGGGAGAUUUUCAAGCUUUUUUGGUCUUGCUUGUAUUAAGAAUAAUGUCUUUGUAUCAGUGUUUUUACAUUAUAUCAUUUCAUUCUAAUUAAAUAUAGCACUCUCAAAAAAGCAUUACCUAUUCUUCAUCUUAUAAACCAAAUCAAACUCUGAAUAGCUACAUUCAGUACUAUGUAAGAAAUACCUUCUAGGUGCCAGGUACCCUUUGGGAGUCUGGGCUGCAAAGAAUCAGAAUAGGCUCCUGGCCUCAAAGUAUUUGUGCCUAAAAGGAGCAUUGGUAGCUUAUUAAAACACAGCCACCCCCACUGCCCAGAAAUUCCUAAGGCCCUGUUCUAACCCUG